UGUGGUCGGCGUGGUGGAAGGACACAGUGAGGUUCUCACCUCCGCCCCCCGCCCGUCGCUCGCAUCCCCAGUUCCAUCAAAGCCAACCCGGACCAGCGCAGGGAUCUCCGAGUUGCGAGUGUGCUGAGGCUGGGACUGUCACUCAUUCUCCGCUCAGCGCGUGAACGCAGCUCGGCAGUGGCUGGCAGGAAACAAUUCUGCAAAAAUAAUCAUACCCAGCCUGGCAAUUGUCUGCUUCUCGGUCCGUUGCUCCGCCGCCGUCCACAGUCGCUAGCAAGGGGAAGGCACAGAAUUUACCGCGGCCAGAACAUCCCUCCCAGCCGGCAGUUUACAAUGCUGCGAACUAAGGAUCUCAUCUGGACUUUGUUUUUCCUGGGAACUGCAGUUUCCCUGCAAGUGGAUAUUGUUCCCAGCCAAGGAGAAAUCAGCGUUGGAGAGUCCAAAUUCUUCCUGUGUCAAGUGGCAGGAGAAGCCAAAGAUAAGGACAUCUCCUGGUUUUCCCCCAAUGGGGAAAAGCUGAGCCCAAACCAGCAGCGGAUCUCGGUGGUGUGGAAUGAUGAUGACUCCUCGACACUCACCAUCUACAAUGCCAAUAUCGACGAUGCCGGCAUCUACAAGUGUGUGGUCACUGGCGAGGAUGGCACCCAGUCUGAGGCCACGGUCAACGUGAAGAUCUUCCAGAAGCUCAUGUUCAAGAAUGCACCAACCCCACAGGAGUUCAAGGAAGGAGAAGAUGCUGUGAUUGUGUGUGAUGUGGUCAGCUCUCUGCCCCCAACCAUCAUCUGGAAGCACAAAGGCCGAGACGUUAUCCUGAAAAAAGAUGUCCGAUUCAUAGUCCUGUCCAACAACUACCUGCAGAUCCGGGGCAUCAAGAAGACAGAUGAGGGCACUUACCGCUGUGAGGGCAGAAUCCUGGCCCGGGGGGAGAUCAACUUCAAGGACAUUCAGGUCAUUGUGAAUGUACCACCCACUGUCCAGGCCAGACAGAGCAUCGUGAAUGCCACUGCUAACCUGGGCCAGUCUGUCACCCUGGUGUGCGAUGCUGAUGGGUUCCCAGAGCCUACCAUGAGCUGGACAAAGGAUGGGGAACCCAUUGAAACCGAGGAGGAAGAUGAUGAGAAGCACAUCUUCAAUGAUGACAGUUCUGAGCUGACUAUCAGGAAUGUGGACGAAAAUGACGAGGCCGAGUACAUCUGCAUUGCUGAGAACAAGGCUGGCGAGCAGGAUGCGUCUAUCCACCUCAAGGUCUUUGCAAAGCCCAAAAUCACCUAUGUAGAGAAUCAGACGGCCAUGGAACUAGAGGAACAAGUCACUCUUACCUGUGAAGCCUCAGGAGAUCCCAUCCCCUCCAUCACCUGGAGAACUUCCACCCGAAACAUCAGCAGUGAAGAAAAGACUCUGGAUGGACACGUGGUGGUACGCAGCCACGCUCGUGUGUCCUCUCUGACCCUGAAGAGCAUCCAGUACACAGAUGCUGGAGAGUACAUCUGCACUGCCAGCAACACCAUCGGCCAGGACUCCCAGUCCAUGUACCUUGAAGUUCAAUAUGCCCCCAAGCUCCAGGGCCCUGUGGCUGUGUACACUUGGGAGGGGAACCAGGUGAACAUCACCUGUGAGGUCUUUGCCUACCCAAGUGCCACAAUCUCCUGGUUCCGAGAUGGUCAGUUGCUGCCAAGCUCCAACUACAGCAAUAUCAAGAUCUACAACACCCCGUCUGCUAGCUACCUGGAGGUAACCCCUGACUCCGAAAAUGACUUUGGAAACUACAAUUGUACGGCAGUGAACCGCAUUGGGCAGGAGUCCUUGGAAUUCAUCCUUGUUCAAGCAGACACACCGUCUUCUCCAUCCAUCGACCGGGUAGAACCCUACUCCAGCACAGCACAGGUGCAGUUUGACGAGCCAGAGGCCACAGGUGGAGUGCCCAUCCUCAAAUACAAGGCUGAGUGGAAGUCCCUGGGGGAAGAAGCAUGGCAUUUCAAGUGGUACGAUGCCAAAGAAGCCAACAUGGAAGGCAUUGUCACCAUCAUGGGCCUGAAGCCUGAGACAAGGUAUGCAGUACGACUGGCGGCCCUCAACGGCAAGGGGCUGGGCGAGAUCAGUGCAGCCGCUGAGUUCAAGACACAGCCAGUCCAUAGCCCUCCUCCACUGGCUCCUGCUAACUCUUCCACCCUUGUUCCAUUGUCUUCACAAGCUACAACCUGGCCUCUUCCUGCCCUUGCAACCACAGACCUGUCUAAAGGGGAACCCAGUGCACCCAAGCUGGAAGGGCAGAUGGGAGAAGAUGGGAACUCCAUCAAGGUGAACCUGAUCAAGCAGGAUGACGGAGGUUCCCCAAUCAGACAUUAUCUGGUCAAGUACCGAGCGAAACUUGCCUCUGAGUGGAAACCCGAAAUCAGGCUCCCAUCCGGCAGUGAUCACGUCAUGCUCAAGUCCCUGGACUGGAACGCCGAGUAUGAAGUAUAUGUGGUAGCUGAGAAUCAGCAAGGAAAAUCCAAGGCAGCUCAUUUUGUGUUCAAGACCUCAGCCCAGCCCACAGCCAUCCCAGCCACCCUGGGAGGAAGUUCCACCUCCUACACCUUGGUCUCACUGCUCUUCUCUGUGGUGACUCUUCUUUUGCUCUGUUAGGAACUUGAAAACACACACACACACACACACACACACACACACACACACACACACACAUACAGGCACGCACGCACGCACACAUGCACACAAAUUAUAAUUGCUUAAAAGCCCAGUUCCUAUGAAAAUGAUCAAUUGUUCCCCCUUUGAAAGAUCCUGUCAGGACUUCGGUUGCCUGGCCACAGCUACUGAGCAAGUGUUGUGUGUGAACAAGGAAGGUCAUGGUGAUUGGAAACAGAUUUACCUCCUGAGAUUUUUGUCAUUCAGUGAUACUUUCCUGUCACUUCGUAUGGGGUCUUCUCCUUUUUUAAUAGCAGUAGAGAGAGAGAGAGAGAGAAAGAGAGAGAGAGAGAGAGAGAGAGAGAGAGAGAGAGAGAGAGAGAGAGAGAGAAAUUGAGAGAUAUUUCUUUCAAUACUAUUUUUCAAAAACAGCAUUAUGCAAGGUUUACGGAGAUGUUUCUGCUACCUGCUCCUUGUGCUUUUGCUGUUGUUCAUAAAUACAGCAGAGGAAGAAUUCUAGACUUCUGAACCUUGGCUCAGAUUGUUAAAGUCACCACAUGUGCCCUUCAUUCUAACACUGCGCCCUGCCCUCCACCUUUCAAUAGGCAGUUAGCUUCGCCUACAUUUAAGUAUUUAAGUACCCAUGUUGUACUUAAGUAUUUAGGUACCAAGUAUUUAAGUACCCAUGUGGUGACUCACCUGAGCACUCUGCUGACAUGAUAGGUGAAUUAAAUCCUCCUGUGGCCCAUGAAGUGGGAAAGUUGAAAUUGUCUAUUUUCUGGAGCUGAUGAACAUUCUGGAAGGUGCUGUAAUGCUGGUGUUAGCCCAAUGUCUUCUGCUGUCUUUGUGAAGAAGGCCAAAUUGUGAUGUGCCCAAUAGGAAUGGGCCCAGAGCUAAUUCUUCCACUUCACAGUAGGAUGCUUCAGAUGAGCACUAAACCUCCAGAUCCUGGGGUCUGUGGUCCAGGCACGACCUCCAUCAUCACCAUAAGCACAGUAUACCAGACAGGUUAGAAGCAUCCACUGUGAAUCAGUCACCUCCCACACCUUCGCCCUAUAUGCUCCAAAGAGCACAAGGUAAGGGAUUGAGGGAACGUUCUACCCCCACCCCACCACAGUGUUAAUACGUUUGAGCAGUCUGCCUGUCAGCACUUCCAGAAUGGUCCAGCUUCCCUAAUGGUCUCUACGACACUUUUAAAAUUAUUAUGCAAAGCCAGGAACUGCUGUCUGCUGUUGCACAAUUCACCCAGAAGAGGAAAUGGGUGUGUCACAUCGGACGCAUGAGACCCAAGGCUGACUACCACCCGCUAGUAUCAGCGUGUGAACUUUGGGAUGGACCCUCCAAUGAAUAAAAACUCCCUCCCCUACCAUGGCACCUGUCAUUCUACCUAUCUCAUCUCUGAACAUCUCCACGGACGUUUAAUUUAUGUUCUUUUUGGUUCUUUACCUGUUUCGUUUCUGUCGUUACAUUUUAAUGCUCAAAGACUAGCCUUUCCUUUUGGGAAUCCAAAUGACCCUGAAUUGUGGUCUGCAGGCAAAGCCAACUGUGUGGCCACCUGCCAGUAUCCCCAGUGUUCAGCCUAGAGGCUUCACAGUGCUCAGCACCUAAAACUGACAGUGCCUCUCGCUCAGCUAUGGACCUCUGCUCUGGACCUUUGGCCUCUUCCCACCAGCUCAGUGAAACAAGAUUGCUCUUGGGCACAGGGCAGUACAGCAGAGAAAAGAACAGGGGGCCUCAGGGCCUGAUAUGAGAAUCGCAGGUCAGUUAAGGAAAGCUUCAGGGAAGGCAAGAGAGGUCCUACUGGGGUCCUCUUCUGAUGGCCCUGGAGAGAGAGAUGUCACACUAGUGAAUUGUGGUCUGCAGGCAAAACCAACUGUGUGGCCACCUGCCAGUAUCCCCAGUGUUCAGCCCAGAGGCUUCACAGUGCUCUGUGCUCCACUGUUCACUCUAGGAGAACUUGGAGUCUGCCUCGGCCUCAUCACUGACCCACUCACAGGAGAGGGACAGUGUCAAUAUUUCUAAAGGGACCUUUGGAGAUGAACCCUAAAUUUCCAGAGCUCUAGCAUGAUCCUUAGCUCUUAGCAGACAUAGGUUCCAUCUGAAAAACCUUUGGGCUUAUUCCAGCCUGUUUGUGGCUUGUAAUGGUGUACUCUAUUGGAGACAGCUUUAAUGUGCACUAGCCAUGGCCAGACACUGGGUCCCUCCAUGAAAGUUAUGACUCCUAGCCCAGCCAGGAGUCCUUAAGAAAGCAGCCCCCAGGUAGCCCCAAGGAAGUGAGCUUACCACCCCCCCACCUCCACCUCUGCACUGUGAAUCAGUACAGAUACACUAUCUGCCAUGAGGGUUCUCUUAUCAUUUUUAGAAUAUUUAUACAGCAGGUUCAGAUCAUGUUUUUCUACUAAUAAGAAUGCUAACGUCAUUGUGUAGAUAAUCAGCAAGACUUUAUGAAGUUUACACCUUUGCAUUAUUAAAGGAUAUAUAACAGUUCAUGUAAACUCAACAGCGUGUUUUGACUUUCUUUGGUAUUUGUGUUCAACACAGUGCCCAAAAUAAAAACCUCUCUGUCCACCUCACAUGCACUUGAUAACUGAUUCCUAGGGGAGACAUUAAAUUGGACCCCACCUUUGGUAGGAAGGAGAGUUCUAAUCAAAGGCAUUUUCCCAUGAAAAUCAUUAUGCUUUUCUAAGUGAUCCUGAAGGUGUCCAGUUCCUGUUACCUGGGAAUCCUCAACAGACAAUGAGAGGAACGAGCAUUUGCAAAACUGGGGAGGUAGUCACUCUGAAGACGAGUUCAGGGGUGGCACAGUCCACCAGAUACAGAGCUCUCCAGCAAGUCUUAUGUGUAUGUAGCAACCUUUUCUCCUCCUCACAAUACACACACACACACACACACACACACACACACACACACACACACACACACAUAUACUCAGGGAUCUUAUGAUAGAUAGAAAGCUUUUGUUGACAAGCUACAUUCUGUGCCUAGCCAGCUCCAGGAAGGAGCAAGCAGAAAUAUAAGGGGCUUCUGAAAAAACUAGCCCUAGAGUUCAACCAUUCUGGUAGCCUGACAGUUAUAUUGAGACCAGGGCUUCAGCGCCUGGGGAGCCAUAAUACAAUAACUCAGAUCCAGCUGGGCACCUAGAAAAUGUGAGAUCCAUUUAAAGGCACAGGAAAAUUGGUAUAUAUGUGAGUCUCAGCCUUGGAGCAAGCCAGUUAAAUGCCAAAACUGCUUUGAAUGCCAAGCUCUCAAGCCAAGAGCCAAAGAAAACAGACAGCCCAGGCAGGCACUGCUCCAGGCAGCUCUUACCUAGGAAGAUGUGGGAAAGCUGCCCUCCAGGAAGCCUUCUUUAUGUGCAAGGUACCUAGGUGGGCUUGGCACAGAGGGUGAGAGGAAGGUCAUGGGGAAGGUAGACGUCUGAAAGGUUUGGGGCUGUUUUGUUUGUUUGUUUGUUUUUGCUUUUCCUUUUAUGACCCAUUCAAUGAGAUGUAGGAUCUAGACCUCGUCCCACCCGUUUUCCUGAACUAAACUAUUCUGUAACUAUUCAGGAAUGUCUCCUGACCCCAGGACCCUUUGAUCUGUAUCACAGACUCCUCUUAUUUCCAUCUCUCUGUCAGGGCCACCAUCAUUCUCUCCAACUUCAGGAGCACUCACUUGCUGUAGAAGUAUCAGUCCUUGGAAGUGGUGGGCUGGGUGGCCCCUUUCUUUCAGGAAUCUUUACUUUCUCUCAAUGUUUCUGCAUCAGACCACGUUUGUUCUAUCUGAGACAUGGAGCAACCCUUUGGUGAUGGGUCCUGGAAUCAGGCAUGAGCCACUGGGAUUGAGGUCAGGGAAGACUUAGGAAUGGUGGCCCUCAUAUGAUUAGGGUACUUGUUCAAAUCCCAAUUCCUGAUCCUCACUGCCCAAUGAUUCUGGUUCUAGAAUUGAAGAGCUCCAGAUUCUCAGUAUUUAAGAAACCAUCUAGGAAUUCCACUACAGGUGGAGAAUUGCUAUGUUAAGUGUUAAAAGGCAUUUAGUUUUCAUGCAAAAUUAAAAUUGCAAAACUUGAUGACUAAAGAUGUGGUCUACCAGUAUUUUAGUAUUCCAGAAAAAAAUGCACACUGUGGAGACUGGUAUCUUGGAAAUAGUAUCAUUUUGUGGAGACAUCAUGUGGAGUAAUUCUGUUUUGGAAUGAGGUAUUUGUGGUUGAAAAAGAUUUGCAAAACAUCCUUGACCAAGACCCUCCUAGAUACAGGUAUCUCAUCCAUAGGAUUACAACCUCUGUCCAGUCUCUGUUUAAUGCUUCUAGAAAUAGAGUGCUCACCUCCCAAAGCAACUCACACUGUUUGAAUUUCUAUGCUUGUCAACCCUUCCUGUGGGGCUGUAGUCUGCUCCACCCCCCAUAUUGGCAUCUACUGAUGCUGUGCAGAAUACAGGUCCUUUUCCUCCCUGUGACACACAUUGACAUUUUUGGAAUGAUGUUCUCUUCCCCAGGCUGAAUAUUCACUCAGCCAUCCAACAAAUAUUCUGUCAGAGUCACCCUAGUGACUGGGGAAACAGAAGAGAGAGCAAGCACCUGCUAGGGUGUCCUAGAGAAGCCAUGCAGAGAGAGCAUGCAUGUAAAUGCCCAGGACAAAAGGUCACGUGGUGGCCAGAAGAGAAGAGAGUAGAGUGACUUGGUAGAUAAAGAAGGUAGAUCUCCAAGAAGGUAACAUGGGACCUGUAAGACAACACAGCUACACAAUCAGCCAGGCCCUGGGGAGAUGACAGGCUGGCAUAUUCAUCAGGCAGUAUACAGACUGGCCUGGAACUGAAGGUCAGACCCUGCUUUAAGAGGGUCAGAGGGACUACACAGGGGCCACAACACAUGUGAGAUCUCAUGGGCCAAGGAAGACUUUGAACUUCCUAUCAAAUGAAAGGGAGACCACCAACCUACUUUUUUGCCUAUGUCAUAUCACAGUCUUCAUCCUUGGAUGCCUCCCUUUGAAGGUGCUCCCAACCAGGGAAACCUCCGGCUGGUUCUGCUGGGUCCAGAGCAAACAGCCAUCCCGUCGCUGUACUCUCGCACUCAGAAUAGCUUCUCCACAGUUUAUUUUUCCUCUUUGAAGAGAUGAGUGGUUAUGAGGCUGGAGACAGGCUCAAAGGUUAAGAGAUGAGUGGUCAUGAGGCUAGAGAUGAGCUCAAUGGUUAAGAGAUGAGCAGUCAUGUAGGACUGCAUUUAUGUAUCAAGAUCAAGAUAAAAGCCAUUGCUGUUGAGAUGGGCAUGGCAGCUCCUGCCUAUAAUCUGAACUCUCAGAGGCUGAGGCAGGAGGGUUGUCGUAUAUGUGAGGCUAGCUUGAGCUAUGCAGCAAGGCCCAGACUAGCCUGGGUUACAGAGAAAUAAGACUUGGUCUCAA